AUGGCUACAGACGUCCCUACUCCUCCCACCGCAAGGGAAAAUGAGACGUCUCCGGUCGAAGAAGGUCUCGGAUCGCUUAGUUUAGACGAUCACGCAGAUGAAGACGUCCAACCACUUGGUUUGAACCAUUACACAGAAGAAGCCGUCGAAUCCCCUGCUUUGAGCGGCCACGAAGAAUCAUUUCCUGCUAAUACCUCGACGCUUCCGACGGAUUACUCUGAUGUCCCUUCGAACAAGUCCGACGAUUCUGGGAAACAGAAACAGCGACGGAAAUAUCAACGUGGCGGUAGGAAGAAGGGAUCACAGUCGAAUUUACCAGAGGAAGCAGAAGAAGAUGGAGGGGCAGACGGCGUCGAACCACGGGUGAAAUCGUCCCGCAGAACAAGCGGCAAGACGAAAUUGAAGCACCGUGAUUCGAAUUCGACUACGGGUAUAAAGGCUUUUAAUUUGAAAAGAGCGGAAUCUUCCGGUGGUAGACCUUUCGGGGUGUCGGUUGAAGGGCAAGAUAAGAGGGUGAGGAAUAAGUCGAAACCGAAAUUGAAGCAUAAAGCGAAAUCGAAGAGGGGAAAGCAGAAACAGAAGGAGCAGGAGGAAGAGGAAGAGGAAAAGAGCAAGGAGAAUUGGGAGAGUGAGACAAGUAGUGAGGAGGAGAGUGAAAGUGAAAGCGAGAGUGAGGAAGAGAAAGAGAAAGAGAGAGAGAAGGAGAAAGAUGGGAAGGGCAAGAAGAAGAAGAAUAAGGAAAAGAAGGAGGAGAAGAAGCCGCUGUCUAUCAGAUUUGAUCUUAAUAUCGAGCUGGAGAUAUUCUUAAAGGCCAAGAUCAAGGGUGAUAUUACUGUUACGUUUCUACAAUAA